AUGAUUAGAUCAACAUUUGCAAAAAGUUUCCAUAGAUUACUAAGUCAUACAACUUCUCCCACUCCACCUCCUUCUCAUUUCUCGAAUCCAAAAGAAAUACCACCAACUUACUCCGAAGAAGUUUUUCAACCCCAGCCUUUAACUGCUCAACAACUGCAACAACAACAACAACAACAACAACAAUUGGGAACGACAGCAUCAUCUUCUUCUAAUCCAACCGAGUCCAAAACAUCACCGAAACAACAUGAUGGGUCCAUAAGAGAGAUUACUGCUUUAAUAGCUAUGUUUGCAUUAGCUUAUAUUGCCAUUGAUAAUUAUACUGAACGAAUAAGAUUAGAUAAACUCCACACUGAAACAACAGCCAUCAAUUUAAAAGCAUUACAAAUACAGCAAUUAAACAAUCAACGAGAGAAGAAAGCAAAAGAUUUGAAAAUGCUACAAGAACGUAAAGAAUUUAAUAGAAGAGAUUUUAAAAUGGGUCUACAUAUUGCAUUAUUAAGAAAACAAUUGAUCGAUUUAGGUUAUACUCCUAUGGAUAUUGAUUUAGCAAUUAAAGAAUUUGAAAAAAAUGUUAAACAAGAUAAUUCUAUCAAACAUGUAAAUGAUCAAUAUUUAUGGUUAGAUGAUAAAUCAGGUAUGUAA